AUGUCUAACACCGAACGUACCUUCAUUGCCAUCAAGCCUGAUGGUGUCCAGAGGGGGCUUGUGGGAGAUAUCAUUAAGCGCUUUGAGCAGAGGGGCUUGUGGCCAUGAAGAUGAUCCAGGUAUGUGAAUAACUGAAUCUGUUCAGAGGCGCUUCUAGUAGGGUUCAAUGGCAUUUAACUGCUUAAUAUUGAGUUUGAGGCAUUGAACUGAGUUUUUUUUGUGAUUGCAGGCGUCUGAGGACCUUGUCAAGCAGCACUACAUUGACCUGAAGGCCAUGCCCUUCUAUGGCGGCCUUUGCUCAUUCAUGCACUCCGGUCCAGUUGUUGCCAUGGUAACUAUCCUCCCCACGCAUGCACUACGCACAGCCCGUUUUAAAAUGCUGGCUCAUUGCUAGAUUCAUAGUGGCUCACUGCUAAUGCCACCCUGGACACUAUACUUCAGGUUCUCUUGAGCGGUGCUUGUGAUAUAAUUAAUCGUUCCACUCAAUUCUCCAUUAUUUUAUGCUCCCUUGCUUUCAGAUCUGGGAAGGCCUGAACGUUGUGAAGAACGGCAGAUUGAUGCUGGGAGAGACCAACCCUGCAGACUCCAAACCCGGCAGCAUCCGCGGAGACUUCUGCAUCACGCUUGGCAGGUAUGUGUCCACUGAUGCUUGUUUAUACAGACUCUGAUAUGGAAAGUAGGAAGUGCUCAACCAACGUGAGUAGAGGUGCAACCUGUAAAGGUGUAUACAACAUUGGACAGGAAUCUGAUGAAAUAUUCAAGCUAUAAUGAAUUUUCUACAAGCAAACUGGCAUGUAUAGAGGAAUAUGUACCCUGCUGUAGUUCCAAUAAAUCUAAGCCCAUUAUCCGCAUGAUGCAGAGUUUCUGAUUUGUAGCCUUUUGCCAUUACAGGAACAUCAUCCACGGCAGUGACUCCCUCGAUAGUGCCAACAAGGAGAUUGCCCUGUGGUUCAAGCCAGAGGAGAUUGUCGAGUACAAGAGCUGCCAACAUGGAUUCCUGUAUGAGUAA